AUGAAAAUGAUGAGUGGGCAGGAAAUACCAAUAUACAUUUGGUACGAGUCGUAUCCAACCCACAGUGGAGAGGGAUAUGAAGGACGAGUCUCUAGGGUCAGUCCAAACUCACCUUACGGAUCCGCAAGUCUCAACCUCACCAAUAUACAAGAAAAUGAUCAAGGAUGGUACGAGUGUAAGGUUGUCUUCCUCAAUAGGUCACCCAAUAGUCCCAAAAAUGGAACUUGGUUUCAUUUGGAUGUUCAUGCACCACCAAGAUUCACGAUGACUCCCGAAGAGAUGAUCUACGUUAAUCUAGGGGAUGCAAUUAUAUUAAAUUGCCAAGCAGAGGGCACACCGACACCGGAAAUAGUUUGGUACAAGGACGCCAAUCCAGUAGCGACUUCAAGUACCAUUGGAAUUUUUAAUGAGGGUACAGAGCUACGGAUUGCAUCAAUAAAAAAUGAUGAUAUUGGUGACUAUACGUGUAUUGCUAGAAAUGGAGAGGGCCAAAUCAGUCACUCUGCUCGUGUAGUAAUUGCUGGAGGAGCAAUAAUAAUAGUACCGCCGACGAAUCAAACAAAGUUGGAAGGAGAAAAAGCACAGUUUUCUUGCGAAGCAAAAGCUCUCCCGGGGAACGUAACCGUUCGUUGGUUUCGAGAAGGAGCACCUGUUACAGAGGUAUCUGCAUUAGACACUCGAGUAUCUAUCCGCAUGGAUGGAAGUCUAGUCAUCAAUCCAGUGAGUGCCGACGACUCUGGUUUUUACCUUUGCGAGGUAACUAAUGGAAUCGGGGAACCCCAGAGUGCUACCGCCUAUCUUAAUGUGACUUUUACGCCUACAAUCCAAUUCUUACCGUUCCGAUUGGCUGGUGUCGUUCAAUGUUAUAUUAAAGCAAACCCUCCUCUACAAUACGUGACAUGGACCAAAGAUAAACGUCUUCUUGAACCUUAUCAGACUAAGGAUAUCGUUAUAAUGAAUAAUGGUUCUCUACUUUUUACUCGCGUUAACGAAAAUCAUCAGGGAAAGUACACAUGUACGCCUUAUAAUGCUCAUGGAACACAAGGUGGAUCAGGACCUAUGGAGGUUUUAGUGAGAAAUCCCCCGGUAUUUACAUUGGAGCCCGAACCGAUGUAUCAAAGGAAAAUCGGUGAAAAUGUUGAAAUGGCUUGUGAUGCUCAAGAAGCUGAAGGAACAGAAAAGCCAACGAUUCAAUGGCAAAGGGCGAAUGGCGCGCCUUUGGAACGCAAUAGAGCAAAAAUGGUGGGUGGUAAUCUGACGAUAGAAGGCUUACGUCGAAAUGAUUUUGGUUAUUAUCAAUGUGUUGCUUCUAAUGAAGUAGCAGUUAUUCUUUCAUCGACUCAAUUAAUCGUGGAAGGAUCUCAGCCACAUGCGCCUUACAAUGUCACUGGUACCGCCUCGCAAUUUUCAGUGACGCUUCAUUGGCUUCCAGCCGGCACAUCAACUUGGAGAACUCCUAUACCAGUUACUCCAUCCGGUAGUACAUCAGUGACGAUCAAUAGUUUAUCACCAGGAACCUUAUAUGAAUUUCAGGUCGUUGGUAAAAAUGCUAUCAGCGACAAUAUGACCAGUAAAAUAACAACAAUAAAAACGCUCGGUAAAAUUAAUUCUUCACCCCGACGGACACGUAAUUACGACGUUGGCAUCUCACCUCCAGCAACUACCCCUAUAAAUACUGGAGGCAUCACAUCCGAUCAAAACGCUGGACCAAGACCUGGGCCUCCAAGAAAUUUAACGGUUACGGAAAUAAGCAAUGGUUUUUUAAUCACUUGGCAGCAUCCUUUGGAGAAAAGUCAUCUUAUCCAGUACUAUGAUAUUAAGUACAAAACUGAUGGACCUUAUAGAACUCUUAAUAAAGGACAAAUUCGACCUGAAGAAACUAGUUAUCUUGUUAAGAAUCUUGUCGGUGGAAGAACAUAUUACUUUAGAGUAUUUGCACACGCAGCGACGACUCAUAGCUCGAGUGAUGAGGUAAAAUUCCCAGUGCCAGCUCGCGUCAAGCACAAGGCUAUCACUGCCGGAGUUGUAGGUGGUAUACUAUUCUUCAUUGUCGCAAUAAUCCUCAGUAUAUGUGCAGUUAAAAUAUGUAAUAAGCGGAAACGGCGAAAACAAGAAAAAGAACUGAUUUCAGCAUACAAUCUGGUAGCCUGCAGACCGACAGAUGCUCGCAAUGGGGCUGGCCAAGUGCCCCCGGGAACAGUGCCUUUGAAAAAGUCGACAAACUUAAACGCGUGCGGCGAGUCAGUGUCGACGCUGACCCGUUGCAGCCCGUUGAACCCGCAACCACAACCUCAUCAUCAACCACUUCCUACGCAAGUAACCCCCGUGACAGUCACCUCGGAGCAGGUCCACGAGGCACCCUCGAAUCGUGACCGUGACCACCAUGCACUACAUCUCGAUAAUCGAGAUUACGAGAGCGUGUUUAUCAUAGAGAGGCGGAACAGUAAGCCCAAUCUCCGCUAA